AUGCGGGCCCGAUACUGGAUUGGCGCAAUUGCAGUUGUCCUGUGUGCGGUAUGCACCUACUCGCCGGUUUUCCUGUAUUUCCUGCUGUUCCUGUUGUACUCGCUGGCUUUGAUCGCCCUCGCCGUGGUCGGGACGAUGUAUGUGCAUUACAAGGUGACCAGCCGGAAGCCAGCCGCAUACACCGAGCAAGGACAAAACCUGCAGGCGAACGUGCUGUACAACGCCACCCGGUUGCAACUGUUCGGGGAAAACGCUCCAAGGCUGCUGCAAUCAUCGCGCCCCACCGGCGGACGGAACGCAUCGAACGGAAGUGGAACCGCCGGAAGCGCACCCGGUUCCGCCGGCACCGGUCAGCUGCAUAUCAUCUUCGGUCGCACGGUGGAUGGGUUGCUGCAGCAGAUUAUUGAUAACACGAUGCGCGAUUUGGUUGGACCCGCCCUGGAGACGGUGGUCGCGAAUCCGCGCCGGAUCGUUGAGCUGCUCCGCGAGGACAUUUGGCUGGGAAUCGAGAAGCUGCACGAGCGCGCCGCUCGUAUCGAUGCGCCGAAAAUGAUAGCGUGCGAUUUCGUCUCCAAGGUGACGGCGCAUCUCCGGCGGAUCCACCGGCAAGGACACGAGCGGCGCGGCAAGGACAAAGCCGGCGAUGGUGACCCGGAACCGGCCGGUGGAACGAGCACGGAACCGAUCAUGACCGCGGCGUACCUAGCGACACCCGAGAAAGAGCUCGAGUUUCUGAAGAAGAUCUGUGAGAUGCUGGUCAUCUUUCUGCUGCCCCGGGGUUACUCGCUGUCGCCGAUCAAGGACCUGCUGAGCGAGGUGGUAGCCUACCGGGUGCUGCACCCGGCGAUCCGCUACCUCACCUCGCCCGAGUUUAUCAACCAGCAGAUCGUGGAGUGCAUCGAGACGCGGCUGGUCGCGGUUGCGAUUCAGAAGCGCAGCCACGAGUACGCGGCCAAUUUCGACGACUUCCUGCGCAUCAUCGACAUGACGCAGACGGCCGAGGAGCUGCACUCGAUCCGGGCGAGCAUCGUGAGCGACAUCCGGCAGGCGACGGUGAUGCAGACGAUGCAGCGAAUGCGCGGUGGGUUCCCCAUGUCCGGCGAGUCGGGCGGCACUGAUUCCGGGGAUACUCCAACCACCGGACAGGGAGGUACGGGUAGUGGUGGCGGCGGUUCGAGUGAACCAGCGGCCUCGCUUAAGCUGCGCAAGUACAUCCAGCAGCUGUCGUUUGCGAAAAACCAGUGCGAAAAGUGCCUGGCAAAGCUGGGCUGGGAAGGCAGCGUAAGCAACGACGUCGAUCUGUCGAUCGCGGACAUCCUUUCGACGGUGGUCGGUCGGCGGUAUCUGACGGCGUUCCUUGAGCCAAUGAAUGCGGGCACACUGGUUGGGUAUUACACGACCGUCGAAGAGCUGCGGCGAGCGAAUCGAUCCGCCUGGCAUCAGCUGGGGGCGGAGAUAUUCUACACCUACAUCCGUGCACCCAACUCCGAGAUUCCGCUUGACAAGCCGACCCGCAAGCGCAUGGAGGCGUUUUUGGUGGGUGACGUGGGCGGGCCGGAAGUGUUCUACGAGGUGCAACGGGAGUGCCUGGCGAUGCUAGAGCAGAAGUACCACCAGCCGUUUCUGUUGAGCGACGAGUAUGGCCGAUUGAAGGGUUCACUUACGCAGGACGAAAUCAAAGAGAUCGUCACGUUCGGUGGCGAAACCGGCCCAGGUGGUGGCCCAACAGAACUGAGUGCCGGUGCGUCGCUUGGAAGCCAGGACAGCCAGGAUAGCCAGGAGAGUGCGGGUUCUGCAGCACCCUCAUCCGUCGGUUCGUCCCAGAACGGCAGCAGUGACGGUGAUCCGGCAUUAGCAGACCUCAGCAACCACUCGCAGUACGCACGCAACAAGCUGGACCGAUUGGACGAGAAACUCGCGAACAAACAGCAAGCCCUCGAGGCGCUUAAGCAUUCGCUUAAGCCAGACUCGAAGCUGCUGCCGAUGCUGGAGCGCGAGAUCGAGUGGUUGCGGGGUGAACGGCGCCAGCUGGAGUCGCACCUGCUCCGUACCGAGGUCUGGAGCGAGUACCUGGGCAGCUGGCGUGCCAUCGUCGAGAGUGUCGACUUCUCGGACGAUCGCGAACCGCCGCAGUUUAUGAUCGUGGUUCAGGUGGACGAGAUGAACGAUUACGGUGCGGCGGGGCAGCGGGAUGAUACGCUCGUCGCAACCGCACUCGAGGCCACCGAUAGCAUCUCGACCGGGUGGGUUGUCGUACGCUCGCUGGCGCAGUUUCACGCGCUCCAUCGUAAGCUGCGGCCCAUGUGCGCUGAAUUGCGCCAACUCGAUUUGCCCUCAAACAACGCGUUUAAGCUGUUCCUGCUCAAGAACGACCGCGCCCUGCUCGAGAAGGCGAAGGCGCAGGUUCAACGCUACCUCAGCUUCAUCCUGGAGGACGACCACCUAAACCAGAGCGAAGCGGUGUACGAGUUUCUCAGCCCAAGCUCGGAUCGGCUCAAGCAGGGUGGUGCGGGAGGUACGGGAGGUGCUGGCAACGGUGGUGGUGGGGCUGGUUCCGGAACCAGUGGUGCCACAAUCCAGCCAUCACCAUCGAAGAAGUGGUCCAAGUUUUCCCUUGCAACCAUUUUCCGCGGAAACAGCGAUAAACUCGAACAGCUAUGGCACACGGGAGGACCUCCAUUGCGGCCGUUUGCAGCGGAUUUCACGCCGGAAGACGCCGAUCAGGUGUCCCUGUACCUCGAGGGUGGUUGUGGUGGUGGCACAGGAAUCGGCACGGCAGGACCACCUGACGGAACGACGGUUGAACCGCGUGAUUCGAUCGCGGAACCACUUUACACGCUGUUGGGUGAAAUCUUCGACCUCGGUGGCGUGUUUCGCUGGCUCCGCAAGAGCCUCAUCUCGUUCGUGCAGAUCACGUACGGGCAGACGAUUAACCGGCAGUUGCGCGAAUCCAUCACGGCACUGUUCGAGGAACCUAUGCUGCACGCGUAUGCCAGUGCCGUCCUGCGGAACCUCUGGCCCGGUGGUGCCACACUCCAGGCUAGUGGUGGCGUGCGACUGCUUGCACCCGAUCGGACCGAGGAUGAACAGGAGAUGAUCAUGAACGCCGCCCGGUCGCUGCUGCAGGACAACAUACCGGAGCUGCUGUGCAGCCUGAUUGGGGCGCAGAAUGCCCGCCAGGGUGCGAUGAAGCUGUUCGAGGCGCUGCAGAACCCGCAGUACAACAAACAACUGUUCUACGACCUGCUGGAAACGCUCAUGCUGGAGUUGUUCGAGGAAAUACGCCAACCCAAACCGGCCAGCGAGGCGCAACCACGCGAGUACCACCACCAGCCGGUGCAGGUGUCC